UGAAAAAACUGAUAGUCGUGAAGUAAAGUUUAGUUAAAUCAGUGAACAUAUUUUUGGGUGUCAAAUUUAAGUUUUUGUUGAUUUGAUUAAGAGAAGUUCACUUUUUGAUUUCGUUGUUUUUUUCUCAUAAGCAGUUGGAUUAUAAAUGUCUAUUUUGAUUCAGUUGGACCUGGUUGUUGAUAUUGCUUCUUGUUGGUUUUGUGCAUCCUAAUGUACUGUAUUUUCUUUUGUAAUGUCCAAACCAUGAAGUUAUUUCAAGUAUGCUUUUUUCUACAUUUGACAAAUAAACUUAGUGUUUCUGGCCUUGUUUUGUUUUUGAAGUUUUUCUUGCGUCGUCAUUCAAUUUUUCAUCAAUCUUGUAGAAACAAUACUGCCUCAGUGACAGUAACAUAAACAUUUAUUCACAUCACCAAACGACCCCAAAGUGAUAUGGAUCAAUAAUUAGGACAGUAUUGUUAUAUCCUGCGUUUCUUGAAAUAGUUCUUCCCUUAAUCGUAGGGAAAAGGUUGAAUGUGAAACCGCUCUCUUUAAUGGACAAUGGUAGCGUUGGUACACUUAUUGAUCUUCUCGAAGGACUUGAAUAUGAUCCUGAAUGGACGCUACUUGAGUUCUGGGAGUAUUUGUAAACCUUACAAAGCAUGUAACUCCAAGUCCUACCGAUCUGCAUCAUCAUGCACCCCUCUGCCGCUUUCCAAGGUUAUAGUCACAUGUGUUAAACGUUCACCAGCACCUCAUCAGUAUCCAACAUCCUGCUCCAAAGGAUUCAGCUUCCUUGAUCUCUCUUCUGCGUCAUCGCUUCUUUUAGGCGGUGAAUAUGGUGGUCUUUUGAAUGCUAUUCCACAGUUACCAAGACGAAGCCAAUUGUCCUUUUCCCCUAGAGCAUCGAAAGAUGUCCCCUAUAGUUACAGAUUCCCUCCGAUGACCAAAAAGCCAAGAUGGUGGUGGAGAACCUUAGCAUGCCUCCCUUACUUGAUGCCUCUUCACGAGACUUGGAUGUAUGCUGAGACAGCAUAUCAUCUCCAUCCCUUCUUGGAAGAUUUGGAGUUUCUGACAUACCCUUUCCUGGGAGCUAUUGGGAGAUUACCGAGCUGGUUUUUAAUGGCAUACUUCUUUGUUGCUUAUCUUGGUAUAGUGAGGAGAAAGGAAUGGCCUCAUUUUUUUAGGUUUCAUGUGGUGAUGGGGAUGCUACUUGAGAUUGCACUGCAGGUUAUUGGGACUAUAAGCCGUUGGAUGCCACUUGCAGUAUACUGGGGCAAGGUUGGUAUGCACUUUUGGACGGCUGUUGCAUUUGCCUAUCUGUUCACAGUUUUAGAGUCCAUAAGAUGCGCACUUGCUGGGAUGUAUGCUGAUGUACCAUUUGUGUGUGAUGCAGCUUAUAUUCAAAUACCCUAUGAUUAAUGAAAGUCAACACAUAGGAUGUAAACAGAUGAGAUUAUGUUUGUUAUGCCUUUUUUUGUAGGACGUUGAGGCUAUAGAUCGAACUGAACUUUUAACUUGCAAUGAUCACGUUCUCUUGGGAAAUGCCUUAUGGUCUUUAACACUGA